GUGUUCAGACUGUCUGAGAGAGUCUGAGUGAAAUGCGGAGCUCAUGCAGGGUUCUGGGCAGAGGAGUGACAUGGCCUGUUGGGUUGGGACCAGACUGCUGACCAGUUAGGAGGCUACUGCAGACAGCAGGCCACGAGAGGCUCGGCCAGGAGGGCUGAAGUGGAUUCUGGUUACCUUUGGAAUGAGGGCUAACAGAUAAACGGAUAGAUUGAUGUGGGUGUGAGAGAAGCAGGAGACAAGGCUGAUUUGCUAGCCACUUUCCUGAGCUUAAAUUCUAAUGAGACAAGACUCCAGGGGAGAUGAGAGCUGAGAUCUCUGAAAUGGGGAGAUGAGUAGCUUGAAGAGAGGAAAGGGGUGCAGAGAGAGCAGGCUGUGGUGUUCAAGCAAUGCCCCCACCUCUGCUUUAGCCCUGGCCAGACCCCAACCCAGCCUCUGGCUCUAGUCUAGGUCUUUCUGUCUCUAAACAAUUUGGGCUCUGAAUCUGGGGCCAUGGAGUUCUGGCAAUUGGAUCCUCACUUGGAAUUCUCAGUGGCCCUGGAGAGUGUGGCUGACUGGGCUUUCUUUGGGGUCUGCAUAAAGAACAUCCUGGGCUUUGCUGGGAGUGAGUGCAUGGGGGAGGGAGAGCAGAGCAACUGCCAUUUCCCUCCUGCAAAGCCAAACCCCUCCUGGGACCUGCCUCAGCCUGUCCAGUCUGAGACACCGAAUUCUUAAUUACUGAGCUCUGGGCUUAUAAGGGGGAGUAGGAGAGAAUUUAAAGGGCCCCAGCCCCACACAGUGAGGCCUACCACACACUUGCCCCACCUUGUCUAAGGAUCUGGGAGUGCAAUACCUGCUCUCUUCUGCUGAGUUAAUUAUUAAUGAAUUCUUUGUCACAUCCUCCUUCCUGGUGAUGGGCAGAGGGUGGGCAGUUCCAGCAGUGUGAAAGCUUCCUGGAAGCCUUGAAUUCAGGGAGUUGGAGAAGUGGAGAGAAAGAGACCAGGUGGAGGGUCGGAGACCCAAGGGUGUCAGAGGCGACGGUCCUCCUCCUGGGGGACUUGAUGGGUGUCUCUGUUUCCUUGUUGACAGAGGCAGGGAUGGAGGAAAGGAAGUUGCUAAUAGUGACCCUCCAAUCGGCUGCACUAAGCAUCCCUAGAAUGCUUAUAGGGGACAAGACACUAACAUGCAUUGGGGUAUCAGUUAACUCGUGUCAACAACUUAUUGUGCACUUGCUAAGUACAGUAUUCGAACCUACCCCAUCUUAACUUCUUGUGCUAAAUUAGAACCUUUGGUUAUAAAUGUUCAAUUUAAUCUACAAAAAUGCCACAUUAUUCCCUUACAGGUCCUCUUUUCAAUUUCUUGUACUUAAUCCUCCAGUUGUAGAGAACAUUGCCUAGGAGACACAGUGACAGGCUGGAAUGUAUAACCAAGAGUCCUUUAAAUAGAAAUUUAAGGCAAAGAGGAGGCACUAGUGCUCCAGAAGGAUGCCACUGCAGGCCCUCCAGGGACAAAAUAUAGACAGGGUGGCCUCCCAAAUCUCUCUAAAAGCCCUCUGACCUAACCUGGAGGGGAGUAAUGUCCUAUGAGACCAACUUCUCAAUCUGGACCUGUUAGUCACUGCCAUUUACAAUGGCUCGAAACCCCGGAGCCCUAAGCCAGGAGCCCACCAGGGCCCCACAAAGGGAGCUGUGUCCUCAGGCCUGGCAGGGGGCCAGGGGAAGUCUGCUUUGACUUUAUUAGUGCAGCUCUGCUUCAGCCUUCCCUUCCACCGCUUGUGGUCAGGUCUGUUUCCUGGCCCUCCAGGCGGGCAUUCCUGCCCUGGGAGGGAGGAGCCAGGAGACCAACCCUCCUUGGAACUGGGGGCAGUGACUCACAGGUAGUUACCUGUCCUCGGGCUCCCUGCCAACCCUGUGGCGGGAGCCGGAGGGGAGGCAUUUAGAGUUACGCUGUUCACUCUGCUUAAACUUUCUUGGGUGAGUUGGGCUUUGACCCCUUCCUGGUGAAGCCUAGUCCUUUAAGCUUCCUCCAAAUUAAGGGUCCUCCAAAUUCAACAAGACUCAGGGAUUUUCCACUUUGUGCUAUCUGGGCAGGGGGUCUGGUGCUUUCCAGGGUCCUGGAGGUUUGGGACUUCUCACCAAGUGACAGAUCUGGAGUUAUACUCAAAAUACAAGCCUUGGUCUUCGUGUGCUCUCUCUGCUCUUCUGUCCAGGGUGGUCCAGGUCACAGAAGGACGCUGGCCCUUACCAGCCUUGGGAAAGUGCCAAGUCCAGUGUCUGGCACAAAUGCAAGCAGCCAUCCCCACCCCAGGAAUCCUGGUCUCUAAUGAUCACUGACAUUUGCCUGGUGCUUCCUGUUUGCAGUGUCCUUACCCCCCCCCCCACUCCCCCCAGGCACCCACAGACAGACGGGCACUGCGGAGACUGUUGUGAGGCCUCUCGGAGGAGCCGCUUGCCCAGUCCCAUCCUGGGGGGUGGGGGUGCAGUGACGGCGAUGGGUGUGCCGGCUGCCAGAUUCCUGAGACACGCCCUGCAGUGGGGCUACACCCAGCCAGGGAGUCUCCAGAGGUGAGGCUGUUGUUUAAAAACUUGGAGCCAGGAAGGGAGACCCCUACAUUCAAGGGGAGUGCUCAGAGAGGUGAUCCAAAGAAAGAGCAGCGGCAGCCACGGAGCCAGGUAAGGCCCAUUGGCUGAAGAUGCAGCCACUCCUUCUCCUGCUUUUUGCCUUGCCCAGACUCCUGCGUGCACAGCAAUCCUGUUCCCGUGGGGCCUGCUAUCCACCUGUUGGGGACCUGCUAGUGGGAAGAACCCAGUUUCUCCGAGCUUCAUCCACCUGUGGACUGACUAGGCCUGAGACCUACUGUACCCAGUAUGGUGAGUGGCAGAUGAAAUGCUGCAAGUGCGACUCCAGGCUGCCUCACAAUUACAACGGUCACCGAGUGGAGAACGUGGCUUCUGUCUCCGGCCCCAUGCGCUGGUGGCAGUCACAGAACGAUGUGAACCCUGUGUCUCUGCAGCUGGACCUGGACAGACGAUUCCAGCUUCAGGACAUCAUGAUUGAUUUUAAGGAUCACCUGCCAGCUGCGAUGCUGAUUGAGCGCUCCUCAGACUUUGGCAAGACCUGGCAGGUGUACCAGUUCCUGGCUACCGAUUGCCCCUCUGCCUUCCCUCGGGCCCCCCAGGGCCAGCCUCAGAGCUGGCAGGACAUUCGGUGCCAGACCCUCCCCCAGCAGCCUAACGGACACCUACAUGGGGGGAAGGUCCAACUUAACCUCAUAGAUUUAGCAUCUGGAAUUCCAGCAAGUCAAAGUCAAAAGUUUCAAGAGUUGGGGGAGAUCACAAACUUGAGAAUCAACUUCACCAGGCUGGCCCCUGUGCCCCAGAGGGGCUACCACCCCCCCAGCGCCUACUACGCCGUGUCCCAGCUGCGUCUGCAGGGGAGCUGCUUCUGUCAUGGCCACGCUGACCGCUGCACCCCCACGCCUGGAGCCCCCGCUGGCCCCUCCACCGCUGUGCAGGUCCAUGAUAUCUGCGCCUGCCAGCACAACACUGCCGGCCCCAAUUGUGAACGCUGUGCCCCCUUCUACAACAACCAGCCCUGGAGACCUGCAGAUGACCAGCACCCCCAUGAGUGCCAAAGGUGUGACUGCAACGGGCACUCGGAGACUUGUCACUUCGACCCAGCUGUGUUUGCCGCCAGCCAGGGGGCACACGGAGGUGUGUGUGACAACUGCCGGGACCACACUGAGGGCAGGAACUGUGAGCGGUGUCAGCUGCACUAUUUCCGAAACCGGCGCCCGGGUGCUUCCAUUCAGGAGACCUGUAUCCCCUGCGAGUGUGACCCUGAUGGGGCAGUACCAGGGGCUCCCUGUGACCCAGUGACCGGGCAGUGCGUGUGCAAGGAGCAGGUGCAGGGAGAGCGCUGUGACCUGUGCAGGCCGGGCUUCACGGGACUCACCCACUCCAACCCGCAGGGCUGCCACCGCUGUGACUGUAACGUUCUGGGGUCCCGGCCAGACAUGCCGUGUGAUGAGGAGAGUGGGCGCUGCCUGUGUCUGCCCAACGUGGUGGGCCCCAAAUGUGACCAGUGCUCUCCCUACCACUGGAAGCUGGCCAGCGGCCGGGGCUGCGAGCCAUGUGCCUGUGACCCCCAGAGCUCCCUUAGCCCACAGUGCAACCAGUUCACAGGUCAGUGCCCCUGUCGGGAAGGGUUUGAUGGCCUGACUUGCAGUGCUGCAGCCCUCCGCCAGUGUCCGGACCAGACCUACGGAGACACGGCAGUCGGAUGCCGAGCCUGUGACUGUGACUUCCGGGGAACGGAGGGCCCGGGCUGUGACAAGUCCUCCGGCCGCUGCCUCUGCCGCCCUGGCCUGACCGGGCCCCGCUGCGACCAGUGCCAGCGAGGCUUCUGCGACCGCUACCCAGUGUGCGUGGCCUGCCAUCCUUGCUUCCAGGGCUAUGACGCGGACCUCCGGGAGCGGGCCCUGCGUCUCCGCAGCCUCCGCAACGUCUCGGCUGGCCUGUGGCCCAGGCCAGGUCUGGAGGCUCACGGCCUGGCCUUCCGGAUCCGGGAUGCCAAGAGCAAGAUUGAGCAGAUCCAAGCGAUUCUUGGCAGUGCCUCGGCCACGGAGGAGCAGGUGGCCCAGGUGGCCAGUGCCAUACUCUCCCUCAGGGGGAUUCUGCAGGGCCUGCAGCUGGAUCUGCCCCUAGAGGAGGAGACGUUGUCCCUCCCAGGAGACUUGGAGAGUCUGGACAGAAGCUUCCAUCGCCUUCUCAUCAUGUAUCAGAGCAAGAGGGAGCAGUUUGAAAAAAUCAGCAGUGCUGACCCUUCAGGAGCCUUCCGGAUGCUGAUGGCAGCCUAUGACCAAUCAUCCCAGGCUGCCCAGCAGGUUUCCGACAGCUCCCGCCUGCUGCUCCAGCUCCGGGACAGCCGGAGAGAGGCAGAGCGGCUGGAGAAGCAGGUGGGCGGAGGAGGGGGUGCCAGUGGCCCUCAGCUCGCAGCCCUGAGGCUGGAGAUGGCUUCCUUCCCUGACCUGACUCCCACCAUCAACAAGCUUUGUGGGGGCUCCAGGCAGACAGCCUGCACCCCAGGAGCGUGCCCUGGUGAGCUGUGCCCCCGAGACAAUGUCACUGCCUGCGGCUCCCACUGCAGAGGUGCCCUCCCCAGGGCAGGCGGGGCCUUCCGGAUGGCAGGGCAGGUGGCCGAGCAGCUGCGGGGCUUCAACACCCAGCUCCAGCAGACCAGGCAGAUGAUCAGGGCAGCCGAGGAAGCCGCCUCGCAGGUGCAAACGGAUGCUCAGCGCCUGGAGAUCCAGGUGAGCUCCAGCCGCUCCCAGAUGGAGGAAGAUGUCAGGCGCACAAGGCUCCUCAUCCAGCAGGUCCGGGACUUCCUCUCAGACCCUGGCACAGAUGCAGCCACCAUCCAGGAGGUCAGUGAGGCAGUGCUGGCCCUGUGGCUGCCCACAGACUCAGCGACAGUCCUGCGCAAGAUGAAUGAGAUCCAGGCCAUUGCGGCCCGGCUCCCCAAUGUGGACCUGGUGCUGUCCCAGACCAAGGAGGACAUCGCACGGGCCCGCAGGCUCCAGGCUGAGGCCGAGCAGGCCAGGAGCCGCGCCCACACUGUGGAAGGCCAGGUCGAGGACGUGGUGGGGAACCUGCAGCAGGGCACAGUGGCACUGCAGGAAGCUCAGGACACCAUGCAAGGCACCAGCCACUCCCUUCGGCUUAUCCAGGAAAGGGUGGCUGAGGUUCAGCAGGUUUUGGGACCAGCAGAAAAGCUGGUGACGAGCAUGAUGGAGCAGCUGGGUGACUUCCGGGCACGGAUGGAGGAGCUCCGCCGUCAGGCUGGGCAGCAGCAAGCUCAAGCGGCCCAGGCCCAGCAACUUGCCAAGGGUGCCAGCAAGCAGGCACUGAGUGCCCAGGAGGGAUUUGAGAUACUAAAGCAAAAGUAUGCCAAGUUGAAGGACAGGUUGGGGCAGAGCCCGAUGCUGGGGGAGCAGGGCAGCCGGAUCAUGAGUGUCAAGAUGGAGGCAGAAGAGCUGUUUGGGGAGACCGUGAAGAUGAUGGACAAGAUGAAAGACAUGGAGUCUGAGCUGCUGCGGGGGAGCCAGGCCAUCAUCCUUCGCUCUGCAGACCUGACGGGGCUGGAGAAGCACGUGGAGAAGAUCCGAGACCACAUCAACAGGCGUGUGCUCUACUAUGCCACCUGCAAGUAAUGCUCCAGCUUCCAGCCCCUGGCCCUACUUCUCUGCCCCCUUUGAUUUUGGGUGCAAAUUGGGUUGGAAUGUUUUCCAGCUCCAUGAGACUUUUAUGCAGCCUCAAGCUCAGCCUGGACCACCCCUUAUUUGCAGUCAUUAAGAUUACCCUGGCUGCAACUGAACUGUGCUGAUGGGACAGGCACCAGCUGAGGGACAGAGAUGGUGAAGGUGGGACAUGUCAUGGUGACUGGGUGCUCUCAAGGGCAGAGAGCUGAGCUGGGCAGUGCACCUGCCCUCUCCUCCUUCCUUUGAGGCUGAAUUUUGGACCAACAUGGAAACUUACCCACAAAAUGAUGUACAAAUGAAAAGCCUAAUAAAAAUUUUUGUAAGGGAACCUGGAGGUUCAGAGGGAAAAUGGUUUCUCUCCCCACUAAGUAAACUUUUGUCACUCGUU